UGAUAAUUUAAAAUAUAUCGACAUAAUAAUAGUUACCGAACCAAACAUUAAUUAUUCUAUGAUAAACUUCUAUAAAAUUAAAGGAUUUAAUAUCCAUAGUGUUACAAGAACGGGGCGAACCGGAGGUGGCGUACUAGUUUAUUCGCGCGAAACUUUGAAGGCACGAUUAAAUGAUACGGAAUGUAUACAAAAUAUGAAAUCGGCAGAGUGUGUUUCCAUUGCACUCGACAGCGAGAGUGAUCCGAUUUAUUUGCUAUGUAUUUACCGACCACCAAAAAUUAACAAACAAGAUAAAACUAGACAAUUUCUCGAAGAAUUACGUAAAGUAUUAGAAAAUUUACCAAUAAAGAAUAAUUUAAUUAUAUGUGGAGAUAUAAAUAUAAACUUAUUAAAAAGUCAAGACUGCCGGGUAAUGGAAUAUGAAACUUUAUUAGCCGAAUUUGGUUUAAUUAAAUGCAUAAAUAAAAUAACACGUAAAGAAAUUAUGAAAGGAAAUGUAGUCGAAUCAUGCCUAGACCAUAUAUAUAUUAGAGCACCUUCAGCACAAAUUAAUUCCGCGGUAAUACGUCAAAAAAUAUCGGAUCACUUUCUCGUGUCUGCCGCAGUGCAGUGGAACCGCGCCACACAAAAUAGUGUGCGAGCUGGCAACAGCGCAUCGCGCGGACGCGGGCCAUCAGCUGACGAUCGGAGCGGGAGAAAUAUGCCUACCGCGAGUUGUCGCCGUGUUCUUGAUAAUCGGCUGGUUCGGGAACGAUUAUUGAGUACUGACUUUAAAGCAUUGCUGUCUAUCGAAUGUCCAAUUGAAUUGUAUAACUCGCUUACGCAGCUAUUUAUUGAGAUCUACAAUGAUUGCUAUAAAACUGUAAACGUUAGUAUAAGCUCUAGAAAUAAAAGUUGGGUCACGGAUUAUUUAAAAGAUUUAAUAAAGGAGAGAGAUAGACUGUUCAAGGUUUGGUGCAAUGAUCCAAAGAAUAUGAUAAAAAGAUUAGAAUAUACAAAAUAUAGAAACAAAUGUUAUAAAACUAUUACUAAAUGUAGCAAUGAAUAUGAUAAGCAAAGUAUUAUUAACUGUAAUAAAAAUAUUAAAAAGAUAUGGGAUAGAAUAAAUAUAUUAUUAGGAAACAGCAAGCAAUCUCUAGAUACUGUGAUAUUAUCUAAUAUGCAAGCGCAGGGAAGUACGAAAGAUAUAGCGGAUGGGUUUGCAACUACUUUUGAUGAGGAAAUCCAACAAAUUAAACAUAUAUGUAACGACAAAUGGUUAAGUAGACACAGUUACGUACAAAAACCUGACAUAAAUAUGAGGUGGCAACCAGUUACUCACAAAUACGUUGCGAAAAUUAUCAAAAACAUGGACGCCAACAAAUCACCUGGAAGUGACCUUAUACGUAUGUCAGAUUUAAAAAUAGUAGCUAACGAGAUAAGUCCUGUUGUAGCGAAGUUAAUUAACUUAUCCGUAGAAAAACAUAAAUUUCCCAAAAAAUUGAAAGAAGCAAUAAUACGCCCUAUAUAUAAAAAAGGCAACCGCAAGUUAUAUUCCAAUUAUAGACCGAUAGCAAUUUUAUCCAGUAUUGACAAAAUUAUAGAAAAAUGUAUAAUAAAUCAACUUGGUACAUACUUACGCACACAUAACAUAAUAAAUAAAUCACAACACGGUUUCCAAAAAGCAAAAAGUACUAAUACAUUACUGUCUAAUUUUACCAACGAAAUUAACAACUAUUUAAAUGAUAAAAAGUUCGUAGUCGCAAUAUUUUUUGAUUACAAAAAAGCCUUUGACACCUUAGAAACAAACACUUUAAUAACAUCUUUAGAAGAGUGUGGUGUGGAGAAGCCUCUGAAGGAAUGGUUCAGAGACUACCUCACAUCACGCUCUUACCGAGUCAAGAUAGGCGACACGUUGAGCGAUGAGAAAAUGGUCCGAUGCGGGGUACCGCAGGGCUCAGGAAGUGGUCCCGUAUGCUAUUUAAUGCAUGUUAAUAGUCUGUGCAAUGUGCUACAGCACUGCUCGGCGCAUAUGUUCGCGGACGACCUCUGCGCCAUGCGGGCCGGUACGGACCUCGCUGAAACGUGUCGUCUGGUGCAGCAAGACGUGGACGCCGUAGUUAAAUGGUCCCAUGAUAACGGCAUAGUAUUAAAUACGGAUAAAACACAAUACAUCAUUAUUCAUUCACCUUACUUACCACUAAAGGAUAAUCCUCUACCACUAUACACUCAUACAUUUGGUUGCAUUCAUGGUGGCCUUGUCAAUUGUGGCUGCAAACCUAUCCAGAGAGUAAGUUGUGUAACUUACUUAGGAGUUAAAGUCGACGAGCAUUUCUCAUGGAAAGAACAUAUAGAUUUCUUGUGCAAUAAACUUAAAACUGUACUAAGUAAAUUUUAUCACCUAAGUUAUCGAGUUCCUACUAGUACCCUAAAAAUAUUAUAUUCAUGUAUGGUGGAAUCAAUAAUUGAUUACGCUCUUGAUUGCUAUGGACUUACAUUCAAAUCUCACAUAGAAAAAUUAGAAAAUAUACAAAUUAGGUUCUUAAAACUAUUAGUGGAUAAAAAAACUAAAAAUAAACAUAAAACAGACUAUUAUAAACUAUACAAAAUUUGCAAAGUAUUACCGGUCAGCAUAAAACAUAAGUACUUACUCGCAACUAAUAGCCAUGGUAAUCGGGAGCGUAAUUCAUUGUUGACUAAUGUUAGUAAUAGCUAUAACACCCGAACGAUGUCGUCUGGUAAAUAUGUAGUACCCAGAGUUAAUAAUGUUUAUGGGGACCGAACGCUAGAAAAGCGUGUCCCAUACGUACUCAAUAGCUUACCAGACGACAUCAGAAACGAAAAUAGGAAAAAUAAAUUUAAGAUAAAACUAAAAAAACACCUACUCAGUACACUGCCUUAACUUUUUAUUGUAUUACUAUCCUACUAACUACUUCUACUAACUAACUACCGACUACUUUUCUUACUUAUGCUAUAUCUAUACUCCGAUUAUAUCUAUAUCUAAUCUUUGAUUUUCAUACUUACGUACUUAAUAUUAACCUCCUAAUACUACUUAUAUAGCUUAACAUAUAUAAUACUAAUAUUACAUAUAUAAUUACAUAUAU